UGUUAUUGGUAAUUCAUUGGUAAUUAUAAUUUGUCAAGAUAGUUCUUAAUGAGGCUUAUCUCAUUCAGUAAUUAUUGGUUACUACUCAUUUGCCCUGCAUUACUUCCUUCAUAGGAUUCCUAUUUUUCUUACCUGUACAAAUUUAUCUUUAUGCAUGGCUGCCUUUAGGAAGGGGGGUCUCACACAAGCAGAUCAUCAUAGGCUAUUUGUGAUGGAUUUAUAAAAUAGAGUAAGGAAAAAAUAACAGAGCUCGUUUUUUCUUAAAUGUUCAAACUUUUUGAUGGAACUCCUAAUGAUCUCUUCCUAAAAGUAGGCCAUAAAUAUAAAUAGGGCUAAUCAUGUAUAGACUGUGAAAAAUUAGCCUAUAUGAUAUACUAAAGAUAUACUAUAAAAUUGUAUUCAAAUUAUUUUUUAUAUUUUUACUGUACCAAAGCAAAGCAAAUUAUCACAAUAUAACCUGAAAAAUAUUGACUUUAUUCAUAGCGUUAUUUCCUCCAACUAUUAGGGUCAAACCACAAGGGUUUCACGUGACCAUAUCCUAGUCCGUCUCAUUUUGUUGCUGUGGAGUCCACAUCUCUCUCCGUCUCCGUCUGUUUCUAUGUCCGUCUGUUUGUAUCAUAGCGCAGAUGAAGGGAAGUAAAGAAAACUGAUGCCGUCUCUGCGCGCGCGACACUAUAGGAUAAUUGGAGCGCGUGAGCUGGUGUGAUGCGUCUAAAGGUAUCAGGUCACUGCCCUUUCUUUCAGCCGGGCCGAUGACAAGAAGAAAUGAGCCAUAGUAAGUGCAGCAUCAGCUUUCAUUCAGCAUUCUUCGUCAUCUGGCUCAAAAAGCCGUGUCAGUCGCGCGGAAUCAUCGUAUUCAACCGCAUUAUGUCCAGUGGCUCGUGCGCUGCAGGUGCUGGACGCUGUCUCGCGAUUUUCGGGCUGCUGAUCCUCGUGCAGAUGCCCGGGGCUCUGAUGUCCAACACGGAGAGCGACUGUUUGACUGAAGAUGACAAAGGAUGUGAAGGUAUGUCCGAGAGGAAAACUGACCUUCAUAUGUGUGAUGAAUAUAGUUGUUCUUUCGGAGGAAUCUGCAGGGACAACGGAUCACACCUGGAGUGUCUUUGCCAGUUUCAGUGUCCACAGAGUUUUGAUCCAGUAUGUGGGUCUGAUGGUGACACAUAUCAUAGUGAAUGUUUCCUAAGACAAACUGCCUGUGAACAGCAGACCAGAAUCACUGUAAUUACAGAAGGACACUGUCAUGACGAUGCUGAAUCGGCAUCAGGGGAUACAGAUCUGGAGAGUUCAGGACUGGAGCCCAGCAGAUACUCUAAGUGUUCUAGCUGCAAGUUUGGAGCAGAGUGUGAUGAAGACUCUGAAGGCAUAUGGUGUGUAUGUAAUAUAGACUGCAGUGGAUAUAAUAUGAAUCCAGUUUGUGGAUCAGAUGGACAGUCAUACAGUAAUCCAUGUCAGAUCAGAGAAGCUUCCUGCUUGAAACAAACUCAGAUUAAUGUCAAACACCUUGGGCUAUGUCCAGAUUCAGUGGUAUUAGUGGGUGGAGUCAGUGUGGGCGGAGCAAUGCCCUGUGCUGAAAUCAACAGCAGCUUUUGUGUGCAUGGAACCUGUGAGAUGAAAAAUGAUCUGCCAACAUGCAGGUGUGAUGUGGGGUUCUCCGGUAUGCACUGUGAACAAAGAGACUUCAGUGAGUUGUAUGUGGUGCCCAAUGGACAGAAGCUCCAGUAUGUCCUGAUUGCUGUGAUCAUCGCUGCUGUACAGAUCAGCAUCAUCAUCGCUAUCAUAAUAUGCAUCACAAGGAUUCAUCCAAAAAAGCCACGGAAACAGAAACAGAACCUGGGUCACUUUCCCAAAGAUGGAGGACGCAGGACUGUAUAGCUGCUGAUAACUUAAACAGAAACGCACAAACUGUUCACUCUUAAAACUCUUUUUUGUACCUUACCAUACAUACUACUCAUCUACUCCCAUCACAUACACACUCCCCAAUAGCUUCUUCAUACUCAAAUACUUGUACACUCUCUCUGAAGCUUUUUAUAAUUUUAUCUUUCAGCAUUGAUAUUUCAGUGGCCUUAUUCCGCCUUGUCACCAAUAGUUUUUUUAUUUUAAAAUCUCUACAUUCCCAGUUUUCUCUCCUCUUCACAGUUUUGCCUUUUUCAUCUCUCUCCCUCACUUUCUUUAUAGUCCAAAUGCAGUGAAUCCACAUGGUGAAAUGUUACAUUAAGUAGAUUAUUACAUUUUCUAAAGAAUAUUGGAGUGAUGCUUGCCACGCAAAACAUGCUAGCAUGAUUCAAGGGCGUUUGUAUGCAUAUUGUCAAAGAGAUUGUGUGUUAUUACUUUCAAAAGCUAUAAGAUUUAUGAUUUUCACUUGGAGGACAAUAUAACAGGCAUACAAAUCCCAUAUUUGUAUUUAUACUGACUAAGAUAUGGUGGCCGAGACAGCUCAAUAUGCUGCAACUGAAGAAAACAUGCAAAUAGAAAAAAGUUUAUGUUGAUUUGAGUAAAGCUGUAGGAGGAGUUCGUUAAAGUACAAUAUCUGGAAAUGUGAGUAUUUGCAGUGUUGUUUCAGUAUUUGGUUGCAUUGUGAGUAUUUGUAGCGCGUUUCUGUAUUUGGUUGCGUUGUGAGUAUUUGCAGCGCGUUUCUGUAUUUGGUUGCAUUGUGAGUAUUUGCAGCGCGUUUUUGUAUUCGGUUGUGUUGUGAGUAUUUGCAACGCGUUUCUGUAUGUGGUUGCGUUUUGAGUAUUUGCAGCACGUUUCUGUAUUUGGUUGCGUUGUGAGUAUUUGCAGCACGUUUCUGUAUUUGGUUGCGUUGUGAGUAUUUGCCUGCACGUUUCUGUAUUUGGUUGCUUUGUGAGUA